GUUGCAGUGUGUAGUUUGACCGUGUGUGUGUGUUGUGUGUGUGUUGUGUGGUUGAAGGCGCCACGUCGGCAGAACCAGCAGGCUGAAUAGAGAGCUGCGUAGCUCAGCCUGUAACAGACCGACUGACUGAGAGAGAGGAGAAGUUAGAAAGCAGCAGAUUAAUGAAGAUAAAGGAGUGAAGAAACCUUGAAGAAGAGGCAGCUGGCAGUCUGAGCAGCAGAGAGAAACACACUUUGAUCUACAGCAGAGUUUAGGUUCAGAGGCUGAAACAGAAGCUGCAACUGUGUCAAGUUUCUCUGCCAGGUGUGUUUGAGGCAGAAGCUCUGGGAACAAUGGUGAAGAAUGUGAACAGCGUUAACGUGGAGCCCCAGCCUGGGACCAGCGUGGCCCUGGACGAAGCUGAACCCGCCGAAAGCGCCGAAAGCCAACCUACAGAGGAUUCUGGUAAGGACCACGUGGUGGCAACCCCCAGCAUGAUGUGGCGGGUGACGGGCGGCCUCUUCAACGUCACCAAGGGAGUCGUGGGCGCCGCGGUGGGCGGUGUGGCCUGGGUGGGCGGCAAGAGUCUGGAAAUCACCAAGUCAGCCGUGACCACGGUGCCCUCGAUGGGGGUGGGGCUGGUGAAGGGCGGGGUGUCUGCCGUGGCCGGGGGCGUCUCCUCGGUGGGCUCGACGGUCGCCAGCAAGGUCUCGUUCACAUCCAAGAGGAAAGACAAGGCUGAGUGAAGAGGAAGAGGAGGAUGUCGAGGAUGAUGAUUGAUGAUGAUGAUGGACUUGCCCCGCCCUGAGCCAACACAGAGAGAGACUGCCAGCUGAUCUCUGUCUGCCAAUCUAACUCCACAGUGCCUUCUGACGCCUUUCUCAGUCUUGAACACGAGAGUUUCGUCACCAUGCAGAGAUCCAGACUUUGAUGCAAACACACUACAUUCACCGCCGAAAGAUUCAGUAAUACUACGAUACCAUGGCAACCCAGAAUUACCAGAAUGCCGAGUCACUGAAAUGCUUCACACAAAGUUCCCCAUCUGGCUUGGAGCGGGAUUUGUACGUGUGGAAGUGAACAUCCGGCUCCAGGCAGAUCACAUGAACUGGGGUCCACUUCAGCACGUGGUGGACGACUUCAUGAAUAUUUUUAUCUGUUUACAAUCCAGACAGAGGCUGUCCUCUUUCUCCUCUUCACUGUUUCCUAAACUACACAUAUUUAGUGACAUGUUUAUGAAUUCAAAUGCUGAUUUUUAGUCUUUUUUUUUUUGCAAAGGUAUUGAAGUACUAUUGAAAUGCGUGUGGCAAUAGUGUGUUGAGAAAAAUAAAAUUGUUUCAGCGUUUUGAAGCGAGGGAUCAGCAACAUUCUUCAGUCUACAGGCUUCACUGUGUCUGACCUCCUUUAAUCCUUUGGAUGAGCCCGGGGCGGUGUUUCACCCAGCAGCCUUGGAUCUGCAUGUAGGAACACUUCUCUGAAGACUGUAGAUACAAUCACAAGUUCACCAACACUGGGCUCAGGUCUUUUUUCCACAGCUAUGUUAUUGUUGAAAUAUUUUUUCAGUAUGUGUGAAAUGUUAAAAUGCUGCGUUGGACCUUGAAAAGUUGACUUAAAAAAAGAAAAGAUUUAAAGAAACAUUCAGCAGCAUUUGAUUCAUUGAUGGUUGUUUGAGAGGAAAAGUGUCCGAUGUUGUCUGAACUGCUCAGUCAGUGAAGGUUGAACUGUGCCUUUAAUCAGAAGGGGGACGCUGCAGUGCAGUGCAGGCAACAUUGGUGAACGUUUAUAUGCAAUAUCAGCAUUUCAAUGCAACAUUUGGAGUGAAUGGGAGCUGUUGCUGAUGGGACUAAACUAUGUGAAUGUCUUGUAUGUGUUUUGUUUGCCCAAUAUAUCAAUAAAGUAGUUUCGAAGUUUAAA